GGGCUUCUCUCCUCUGCUUGGGAUCUUUCUUCACUCUUACUUUUUUACUUGAUCCAGAUUUGUAUGUAUUUUUUGGGAAGAGAGAAGCCGUUGCCCCUUCCCGGAGAACGCCGCACCACCCCUGACUCUCCCUCCCUGGCUGGCACCAGGUACCCUGUGGUAUUUGUGCAUUUUGGUUUUGCAUCUUCCUGGAGAAUUACUCGUUUUCCCUCUGCUGCUUCUGUAUCUGCAUUCUCUGUAAUAUGGGAUAUGAGACUCUGCAACUUCUCCAGCACUUCCAGGAGAGCGAUGUCCUCUCCAUGUGUCCAGCUGUAGGAGACCAUCACUGAAUGCAGGAAUUGGUGCCAGUAGUCGCUCUCUGGUGUUGGAUUCCCAUCUGCACCCAUGGCUGGGAUAUAUAGUUCUACUCUGAAGACCUUGGAGGACCUUACUCUGGACUCUGGCUAUGGAGCAGAGGAUUCCUGCAGGUCCCUCAGCCUCUCCUCAUCGAAAUCCAACUCCCAGCCAUUGGCAUCCUCCAAACACCGUGGAAACUGGUGGCAUUACUCUGGUUCUAUGAACAGCCGAAACAGCAGUUGGGACACAAUGAACACCCCUCUGACAGAGGACCCUGAUCUGGUGGACAUGUUCUCUAGGUGCCACAGGUUACCUGAGUUGGAGGACUUCCCCUGGAUAGAUGAGGACAUUGGGAAGCUGCUGAGAAAGGGUAAAGGAGAUGAGUUCUCUCAGGAUGCUGUGAGAAGACUGUCUCUCUUGCUGAGGAGGCCUCUCAUCAGGAUAUCCAGGGAAGCCCAGCGCCUGAGCGUUUUACACGCCAAGUGCACGCGCUAUGAGAUCCAAAGUGCCAUGAAACUUAUCCUGAGCUGGGCGCUGUCACAGAGCUGUGCCUUGGCCACGGUGCGAGCCCUAUCUCUGUACAGCAUGAGUGCAGGAGAUGGCCUUCGGCAGGGUAAGUCGGCCCGUUGCGGCCUCUCCUUGUCCGUGGGUAGGUUCUUCAGGUGGAUGGUGGACACAAGGAUAUCUGUGCGGAUUCACGAGUAUGCAGCGAUUUGCUUGACCUCCUGCAUGGAGAACCUUCUGGAGGAGAUCAGGAACCGUGUCCUAGUCGGUCAAGGAGCUGAUGGGGUGGAAAUCUCUCUAGAUGCCCUGGAAAUGGCAAUUAACAAUGACGCCGAGCUGUGGGGAGUCCUGCAGCCAUAUGAGCACUUAAUCUGCGGGAAGAACGCCAGUGGGGUCCUUUCCCUUCCUCCCUACUUCAGUCCCUAUAAAGAUGGCUCCCUGGAGAGAGAUGACGCAGCCGAUGCAUACACGCACCUAGAAUUACGCACUUUGGAGCAGUCUCUUCUCGCCACCUGUGUUGGGAGCAUCUCGGAGCUGAGUGACCUGGUUUCCCGAGCCAUGCAUCAUAUGCAGAGCCUGAGCACCCUGAGGCCUGGCAUGAGCCCCGCACGCCAACACCGCCAAUCCGCGCAGCACGUCACUUGGUCCCCUGACUCCCUGCACACGUUGUACUAUUUCCUGCGCUGCUCACAGAUGGAGUCCAUGGAAAAUCCAAACUUAGACCCACCCAGAAUGGCGCUUCAUAACGAACGGCCGUUCAUCUUGCUCCCCCCACUCAUGGAGUGGAUGCGAGUGGCUAUCACAUACGCAGAACACCGGCGCAGCCUGACGGUAGACGGCGUCGACAUCAGGCAGACGGCCAGACUGCUUCUCCCGGGACUGGACUGUGAACCACGGCAGCUCAGACCCGAGUGCUGCUUCAGUUCCCUCCGACGUCUGGAUGCUGCAGCCGCCACAGAACGCUUCCAGCAGGACCUGGGCUUCCGGAUGCUGAACUGCGGCCGGACUGACCUCAUCCCCCAGGCAGUGAAAGCGUUGGGACAGGACGGCAUUAACACGAUGGAUGACCAGGGUGUGACUCCGCUCAUGUACGCCUGUGCUGCUGGGGACGAGGCCAUGGUUCAGAAGCUGAUAGAGGCUGGAGGAGACCUGGACAUCGCUGUUCCAAGCAGUUCCCCCCGAUACCCAUCUGUGCACCCGGACACGCGCCACUGGACAGCGCUAACAUUUGCCGUCCUCCAUGGACACAUAUCCGUUGUGCAGUUGCUCCUUGAUGCUGGUGCCCACGUGGAGGGUUCGGCUGUGAACAGCAGUGAAGACAAUUAUGCAGACACCCCCUUACAGUUGGCAUCCGCUGCAGGUAACUACGAGCUGGUCAGUCUGCUGUUAGACAGAGGAGCUGACCCUCUCUUGAACAUGCUGGAAGCCGGGCGGGUGACCUCCUCAUUACAUGAAGAUAUGAAUUGCUUUAGCCACUCAGCAGCCCAUGGGCACAGGAACGUCCUGAGGAAGCUGCUCACCCAGCCACAGCUCUGCACAGGAGAUGUCCUGUCUCUGGAGGAGAUAUUGGCGGAGGGGGUGGAGAGUGACACCUCCAGCACAGGCAGCUCUGACCAGGGGCCGGUCCGGCUUUGCAAGACCAGGAUGAAAGCUCUGCAGGAGGCGACUUACUACAGUGCGGAACACGGCUACCUGGACAUCACCAUGGAGCUGCACAGCCUCGGGGUGCCCUGGAAGCUGCACGUAUGGAUGGAAUGCCUGCGAACAUCCUUCCACUACUCCCACCAUGCUGUAAUGGAAACCCUGCUGCAGGAAUUCUGCACCAUCAGAGAGGAGGACUAUAACGAGGAGCUGAUUAACGAGGGGCUGCCACUUCUCUUUAACAUUUUCAAGACCACGAAGAGUGACACCGUUACACAGCAGCUGGCCUCCAUCUUUGCUCAUUGUUAUGGAGACAGCCCCGUGCCCAAAAUUCCAGAGAAACAGAAGACCCUUCCUGCACGCCUAGAUCCGCACUUCCUGAACAAUGAGGAGAUGUCUGAUGUGACGUUCCUGGUAGAAGGGAGAUUGUUCUACGCUCACAAGGUUCUCCUGGUCACAGCCUCUAACAGGUUUAAGUCGCUGAUGAGCAACGCAAGUGCUGAAGAGGAUUCCUGUCCCACCACAGUUGAAAUCACAGAUGUGAAAUACAGCGUUUUCCAGAUGCUGAUGCAGUACUUAUACUACGGGGGCACAGAGUCUAUACGAGUACCAACAGCUGCUAUUCUAGAGCUCCUGUCUGCGGCCAGCCACUUCCAGCUCAAUGCUCUGCAGCGACACUGUGAAACCAUCUGCUCGCAGAACAUCGACACAGACAACUGCGUCAGUAUCUACAAGUACGCCAAGAUACACAAUGCUCCGGAGCUGGCUCUAUUCUGCGAGGGGUUCUUUCUCCAAAACAUGAGGCCACUGCUGGAGCAGGAAUCCUUCAAACAACUGAUCCACGGGCGCAGCAGCAAAGUGCAGGGUCUGGACACCCUGACGGACUUAAAGACCACACUGACCAACCGCAUCAAAGACAUUUACAUCUCAUGCAGAGUGUGACUUGCAGGCCUGGCCUGCGGCUGGAGUACGUGAUGGCCAGGAGGUGGGAUGUGCGGGGCUCCUGGACACAAGAUGGUGUAGCUGGGGGAAGAUACUGGUCACAGCAGCGUUAGGAUGGGGCACGGGCCCUACAGGAUGAUGUAAAUGACAAGACAUAAAUAUUACACGGUUUGUAUGUAUAUGUAGAUAAAGCCAGUGCCUGAGAUAUUAUUUGUAUAUAUAACCCUAAUAAUAAUGCCACCCCAUAAUUAAUAAAACCUGGUCUCUGGCCAAGUGAUCGACAUGUGGGCGCAGAGAAGAGGUGGAAGGUCUGCUCUGUAUUACAGGAAUUUGCACCUUAUAGAUGAUCUGACUGGAACCUUCACAAUAAUUAUUACAUAUCAUCUAGAGAUCAUUGGCGGACAAAGAAAUACAGUUUAAUGUACGGUCUGCCAUGUUUAUACAGACCGCACGCACAGGCAAUAUUCUGUAGAGCGCAAAUUCAAGUGUUCCUGAUGGUUGAACUGGACAUUGUUGCACCAUGUUUUAUUAGUGUGUUUAUUUAGGAUAUAAAUACGUUCUUUGUUCCA